AUGUCAGUUGAUUUUGGCUGGCGUCGUUUCAACUUCUUCGACAAAAAUGUUGUUCAGGACCCAGAAAAUCCAGAAGAGAAGUUCUUAGGUCUCAAGGAUGUCUGUGUUGAUUGUUGGUGUAGCGGCGUCGGCGGCGAGGCUGCUUACCUCGGGGAGUCUCGGGGUGGAGUAUUUCGUCUUGGGAAGAACUUGGAACAAUACUACUGGAGAGUGUAUCAAGCGUCCCUUACCGCUCUACAUGCAGCAGACAAAUACAUAUUUUCAAUAGGAGAAGAUGAAGAAGGUGGGACUUCAAUUUUGAAAAUAUGGGAACGUGAUCGUCACGAGAAAAGUGCUCCAGUGUUGAAACGAGAGGUUCGACUUAGUGCUGUCCAUCCUACAGGGCAUAGUUCCAUAGCAUCGUGUGCGAUUGCAGUGCACUCUUCCUUAUCGUCGAUAGUUGUCGGUUUUGUAGAUGGAUCGGUUCUUGUCUACCAAGGAGACCUCAUCAAGGACAAGGCCUUGGGGUCACGUUGGCAACGAAUACGAGAAGCGUCUCCUCUUGACGGUCCUGUUACUGGGGUGGCUCUCGCAAAAUUACCUGGAGAGCGUCUUGUUGUAUUCGUGGUCACUUCCAAGUCUGUACAUUCUUAUGUUGUAGAAGCUAAGAAUGUCACUAAUACGCUCAAACACGAUUCGCCUGGUGCAUCCAAAGAUUGCUGGGUAUUCGAUGAAAGAACGGGGUCUCUUGUGGUGGCUAGUCGUGAUCUAGGAAGAAGCCAUGAGAAGCUUCAAUUGCUUGCAUUGGGAGAACAUCUCGUACUUCUUACCAAGCAGCAUGCUCUUAUACCGUCAAACGACGAAGCAGAAUUCAUGUCUAUGGUAACAGUGUAUAACGUGAAAGGACAGUAUAUCGGAUUUUCUUGUUCUAUUCCUUCUUUAUGCAGAUUGUUCACUGUUGAUCAGUGCUUAAUGAUUCUGAGCAAAGACGGAACACUCUCGGAACUUACCGAGAAAAAUUUAAGUGCGAAAUUGGACAUCCUUUUCAAGAAGAAUCUGUACGACGUGGCUGUCAUCCUUGCCAAGAGCAGCAAAGAUGGUGCAGAACAUUUGAAGUCUAUUCAUGCCAAAUAUGGAGAUUAUCUUUAUGGAAAAGGAGAUUUUGACAACGCAGUGAGCGAAUACAAAGAAACUAUAGGGAUGCUGGAACCAUCGUAUGUGAUCAAAAGAUAUCUGGAUGGGUCCCGAUUGCGGCAGUUAUGUGUUUAUUUGGAAGCUCUUCAUGAUACGGAUUGCUACACAUUGUAUCAUACGAAUAUUCUUCUCAACUGCUAUGCUCAGCUAGAAGAGCGAAAAAAGAUGAAAAAAUUUCUGGAAAAAAUAGCAGUGGAUGGGAAAACGGAUAUGAACAGCGUUUUUGAGGUACUCCGUUCUUUAAAAGUGUCUGAAGAUGCGAGUUUCCUUGCUGUAAAACUGAACAUGCAUGAUCACGCAUUAUCCAUGAUGAUAGAAGAUCUUGGUCGUCAUUCAACAGCUGUUAAAUACAUAGAGAAACGUCCACCAGAAGAGGCUUGCCAGUACAUAGAAAAAUAUGGACGAUCACUUUUUGAGGCGUGUCCUGACGAGACAAUGGAAUUGUUGCAACAUCUUAUCGAUGAAUCUCCUAAAAGUGUUGAUCCCACUCAACUUCUGAAGGUUUUUAUUAAUGACUUCGCCAAAAGUACCGCAUUCAUCGAGUUUGCUCUCAAAAAGGUAUCCGGACCAUCGCGCUCGGUUCUUUUGGCUACAAUCUUGGAACUGCGGUUACGCGAAUAUGCUGAAGGGAAUAUAGAGGAUGAAAAAUGUGAGGAGAUGUUAAUCCCAUUUAUUGAAGAAGAAAAUAUGCCAAACGCUCUACAUCUUGCACGCGUUUUUCAUUGUUUUCCUGUUGUCCAGUACAUUUUAGCAAAAACUAAGAGAACAAAGGAGCUGCUACAAUAUUACUUAAAAAAUGACAAAAUAAAUGAAGCCAUUGCCUUGUGUGAUGAAGAAAAGAAAGCAGAAAUGUGGAUGGAUUUGCUCGUGUACAUUUCUAAAAAGGAGGUACCAGUGAGCGAUAAGCUGAUUCAAGACAUGCUUAAGGGAAUAGAAACAAGCGGGAUUUUGCAUCCACUGGUAGUUUUGGAAGUUCUAUCACGCAGCAACACUUUAACGGUGGCUGCUGUUAAAGAUUACAUCAUUAAAUGGCUGGAUGCUCAAAAAAAGCAGAUAGAAUCCGAUCAGAAAGCUAUUGUGGAAGGUGAACGGCGAAUGCAGGAGGUCGACAAACAAAUUGAAUCACUCAAAUUCAACGUUCAAGUGUUACAAGUGAAUAAAUGUAGUGCUUGCGACACGGUACUUCAACUUCCAGCCGUUCAUUUCCUGUGCAGACACAGCUACCACGUUCAUUGUUUCGAAUCGUACAGUGAGAAGCCUGAUGUGUGUCCAGCGUGCGCCGUUCCCAAUUCUAGAGAGAAUGUGAAAGAAAAUCUGGAUACCAAGGCAGCCUACACUAAGUUUCAUGAAGAAUUGAACGGUGCCACAAGUGGAAUGGAUGUAAUCUCCAGAUAUUUAAGGAAUGGUCUAUUUGACCCAUCUAGGAAAACUUCUCAAAAGAAGACCUCAUCUACAAGUUUGGCGAAAAAAUCAGGAUCUAAUCCAUUCGAAGAAGACGACAAAGGUCUCUUCACCGAAUCAAGUACGAUAAGUAGCACAUCCUCUGAAGCGACUAUUCAACGAAACUCCAUUUCUUCAACAACUCAACGUCGACAAACAUAUGAUGAGACGAAAAAUCCCUUUGCAAAGAGUACAAAUCCAUUCGAUGAGUAG